CUGUAGGCCACCCCAGAAGCCACAUGUCUACGUGUGAGCAGGACAGUAUGGCACUGUUUUCCUUUUAGACUUCAGCGAGAGAACGGGUUGUUUUUCUCUCACAAGAUAACAAUAUUCAUAUUUGGUCCGUUAAGUACUUUUUCUCUAAGGGUCUCUCAGUGCUUUAAAAACAAAUGAAUUAAGUCUCACAUCCUGCUAUAGAUUACAAGGCCAAAAUGGACCAUUAUGAUCAUAGUCUGACUUCCUGCAUCGAGCCUGUAACUUGGUCUACUUUCCCUCUUAAAAUUCCAAUUGUUGUAAUUCAGAUGUAGUCAAAAUGCAGUCUGCAGCUGAGAAGGGACCUACAAUUGUAAAAUAUCCAGGUAGUCACUGAUCAUUUUUACAUCUGUAUCUCAUUGAAGAGACCUUUGAGGGUUAUAUUCUAUUCAUGUGAACACAAACUGAGUCCUGUGUAAUUUGAACUGGGCUGUUAAUUGCAAUAGCAAGCAAUGUUGGUGCAGCAUGCAAAAACUAAGCUGCAAGGGGAGAACACAGAACUCUAACAGGGAUCAGUGAAGUGACUGCAAACUGGGUUAGAGGGUGAACAGAUGAGCUGUGUUCUCUCCCCCUCCCCUUGCUUAGAGGCUUUGAGUUGAGCUCUGUGGAACUUUGCAGUGUAGUUUAAUGUGACAUCAUUUUUGCUCAUAUACAUAUAAAACAGGAAACACAUUCAGAUAACAUCAACAGCCACUUCCUUAUAUGUACAAAAAUAAAGAGCUCUGACAGCAGCAAAACUGACACUUUGAUUUUAAAAUGGAUAGAAACCCAGCAUUUGUAGACCCACAUGGGCAUUACCCUGAGCCAAUCAGGAGCAUAGGGGAAAAAAUUUAAAAACAAACCUUGUACAUUGCAAUUAGAAUCCAUGCAUCUUAGCUGAGGGUGAGCGGAAGCCUGGAACAUUGAUUGCAAAUCUUCACAACGAGAAACAAUGUUGAGAGAGCAGCCUUACGAAAUUCCUCUCCAAGUGCCCUCUAGACUGUCACAGACAUGCUCCCCGCCGUCAGGCUGCCCGUCUCCUUCCAUCCCAGGGGGUAAAGUCAUCUCGCCAUCCCAGAAGCACAGCAAGAAGGCACUCAAACAAGCCCUGAAGCAGCAGCAACAGAAGCAGCAGCAGCAGCAAUGCAGAGCAGGCAUGCCUGUGUCUUCUAACCAGCAUCUUCUGCUGAAGACUGUGAAGGCAGCCAGUGACUCCACGCCUGCUAAACCUGCUUGGGAAGGAAGGCAGUCAGAUGGACAAUCAAGCAGCCCUCAGAACUCCACCUCCAGCUCCUCUCCCUCUGUUAAGGCUGAUAAUUCCCUGCCAGGCUUGGGGAAGAAACCAUUCCAGAGAUCUGACAGACUCCAUGCAAGGCAGCUGAAGAGGACGAAAUGUGCUGAAAUUGAUGUGGAAACACCUGACUCCAUCUUAGUGAACACAAAUCUGCGGGCGCUGAUCAACAAGCACACAUUCUCUGUCCUACCCACAGACUGUCAGCAACGGCUGCUGCUGCUGCUCCCAGAGGUGGACAGGCAGGUUGGGGCAGAUGGUUUGAUGAAGAUGAGUGGCUCAGCACUCAACAAUGAGUUCUUCACUUCAGCUGCCCAGGGCUGGAAGGAGAGGUUGUCAGAAGGUGAGUUCACCCCAGAAAUGCAACUGAGAAUACGUCAGGAGAUUGAAAAGGAGAAGAAGGUGGAGCUAUGGAAGGAACGGUUCUUUGAGAGUUACUAUGGUCAAAGUUCUGGAAUGAGUCCUGAAGAAUCCAAGAGACUGACAACAUACACCAGCACUCCUGAAACACUGGCCAGGAAUCCACCAGCUGAGCAGAUGAAAUGCAUGCCAGUCUCCAAGGCACCACCCAGUAAAGAAGAGAGAACUCCUCUGUCAGAGUCUAAAGCACAAGCAGUGCAGGUACCACCCCCAGCAGUGAAAAAAGGAGGAGAGGAAAAAAGAGAAGAUGUGCAUCCCCAAUCAGGCAAACCUGCAGCAUCAGCAAAUUCCUCAGAUAACAAUGCACUGAAACUUAAGGACCAAACUCUCUCUAGGCCGCUGAAGGGUCCUGAGGAAUCCAUGCAAGAGAAGCCACAAGCUGCCUCUGGUCAGAAGCCAGAACAAGACAGACAGCACACUCCAUCCAAGGAUCUGUCAGUAAAGGAGGACACAAGCACCUCAGCCUUGGCCCCAAACAAACCAAAGAUCCCCAAAGCAGGCGAAGCAGUGGCGAGCAUGGCGAGUCAAGUGACUCCACAGGAGACACCUAAAAAGGAACCCCCUGCAACUGAACAAAUGGAUGUCAGUGCUGAGGGCCUCAAGAGGAAGUCAGAGAGUCAGGAAGAAGCACCAAUCAGUCCUGAAAAAAAGCCACGAAUCAUGGACAGCUGCCAGUACCAGCAGUCAUUUCGGACCCAACCACAGUCCUUUCCUGCGGCUGGGGAGGGGGCACAGGGGCGAAAGGUUCCCCCACUCAAGGUAAAGGAAACUGGAGACAAGUCCAUCAUGGGGUUAUACAGGCCACUUCCACUGAUUCCUGUCUCCAGAAUCUCCCCGAUGCCAUUUCUUGCUAGCCAGGUCUCUCCCAGGGCUUACUUUCCAACCUCUGUCACCAGUCCUGGAAGAACAGGGGCCAGGACUUUGGCAGACAUCAAAGCAAAAGCCCAACUGGCCAAGGCCCAGAGGGCAGCUGCUGCAGCAGCAGCAGCCGCCGCUGCUGCCUCCAAUGGGGGAGCCAUCCCAGGGCCUGGUCCAGGAGGUGGUGGUGGCCCAGGAGGGGGAGGAAGAGAGGAGAAGAGUAGUACAGCAACAAAUGGAACCAAUGAAACUGGAAUUAAAGGCAGUGCACUGGAACUGGCAGGAACUGGAAGCGGGGGAAGUACGAGAAGGCCUUUUCCCCAUUGUCCAGGGACCCAUUCCCAAGCGGAGACCCAGGCCACAGAGCGGACAUCACCUCUCAGUGUCUCUAGAGCACAACUACAGCAGACGCCCACAGUACAAUCCAGAACUGCAACCAGCAACAAAGGCAAAGAUUCAUCAUCACCAGCUCCACCAGCAUUAGAGAAAAUGAACAGAAUAAAAGUGAGCCCUCCAAAUGUGACUGUAAGUCAGGUUUCCAGACCAUCCGUGGUCUCAAGCCACAUCUAUACUCUCAGUAAUGACAGACAAGAGAAAGCACCUUCAGCUCCAGCAGCUCUAAGCCAGAUCUCAGGGGCACCGCCUGUCAGGGACGAAGCAGUCUAUGUCAAUGUAUCCAGAGCAGGUGCUGACAAAAAUGUGACUAAGUCAGCACUUACUGCCACCGAAGAGAUCAGCUUAAGUAUUCCUAAGAGCAAACCUCUUUCCCCUCGGAUGUCUUCGCAGGCAGUGGUAACCUCAGAAACUCAGGCUGCUGUUAUGGUAGCAUCUACUAUCUCUACUCCAUCCUAUAGCACUUUGUCAGUAGCCCCUAGCCUUAAAGUACAUAUAGCUCCCUUGAGCACAAGUGGGCCCCUCCUGAAGACAAGCUCCAGUAUUCCUGCUAACAAUCCCUUGGUCACCCAGCUGCUCCAAGGUAAAGAUGUCCCAAUGGAACUAAUCAUGCCUAAGCCUCUCACCAAAGUAGAAAUGAAAACUGUCCCACUAGCUCCAAAUGAAUCAAAAGGGUCGGCAUUUUCCAGUGCCACAAGCACAGCUGGGAAUGGCUCUGGAGGGGAAAGUGGUGAGAGACAAUCAAAUUUAGCCAUGCAGCAACUUGGAAAGAUAUUUUUCCCAAGCAGGCAGUUGCCCCAUGUUCCAAGGACCUUUCCCCUCUUUUCCGGAAAGGACCUGAGGAGCACUAGUAUUGACCAAUACCAGUGCCAAGAGGCACUCGACAAAGCCACUCAAGAGCAGAUCCUUCAGACUCUUAUCAAGCGGGUCCAGAGGCAGAAUCUAUUCUCAGUCUUGCAGCCUUCACAGCUCAGCCUUGUUCACUCAGGUUUCCAGUUAGACAACAGCUCCACCAGUCAGAGAUUCAUGCUGGGUUUCAUGGGCAGGAGGACAUCCAAGCCUGCCAUGUCUGGCCAUUACCUGCUGAAUAUUUCCACCUAUGGUCGCGGGUCGGAGAGUUUCAGGAGAGGUCUGUCCAUGAAUCCUGAGAACCGCUUGUGUCUAAAUGAUCCUUCCGAUGAUCCAAAAAUAGAAUUUGGGGAAUGUGAAGAAAUAGCUGGCAGCGGUAGCAGCAGUGAUGAAGGAGAUGCAGAUGAUGAGAGUACUGGUGAUGAACAUGAACAUAUCAUUGUAAAAGAGGAAUCCCUGGUUUCCCAGGUCUCUGGCCAGCAUGAAAGAGAACAGAGAUCACACAGUGUAAAUGCUUCUUCAGAUUGCAAUUUGCCUGUUAGACAGAAUGUAAAGAAGGAGGCCGUCUUAUCUCAGCAAGCAGCAGCCAGCCAGGAGAGUGUUCACCAGUUCCCAGGAGGCCAGGUGUUUGAUGGAACUGCAUUAGCAAGAGAUUUAAUUCAGGCAGCCCAGGAGCAAAUGGCACAUGCUAUGAGGGGGAAAAUGAUGCACAGCAAAGCUGAGGCUUACAGCGCUUCUGCACCAUCUGCAGACUCUGUGUUGCAGCAGCCUCCACUGCUUUCCCAUUCGCACCCUCCAAAGCUAUAUGGAAACACUGCAGCACAGCUCAUUGGUCCUAGUUAUAGUGGCACUAUAAAUGUCUCCACCUCUCCCGACGUGAACCAAGGGUCUCUCAUGACUGGGCUAUCCGAGUGCAAUCAGUUGGCCAGUAGCAUGGGGAACGUCAUGUCUUUCUCUGUGACUGUAACCACCAUUCCCGCCAGCCAGGCUAUGAACCCUGGCAACCACAAUCAGACCAUCCCAGUUCAAGCCUUUGGUGAUGACAACAACAUGGAAGAUUCGCCUUCUAAAUGCUACUGCAGGUUGAAAGCCAUGAUCAUGUGCAAGGGUUGUGGUGCCUUCUGCCAUGAUGACUGCAUUGGCCCCUCUAAGCUCUGUGUCUCCUGCCUUGUAGUACGGUAACGGAGACAUACGAGAAGAGGAGAAGGAUGGCUUGGUUUUGUGCCUCCUUUUGAAAUUCUUCGCCGGAAGAAAGAGGAGUUUUACUGCCUUGCACAAGAGACACAUUACUGAAUCAGGAAUACAGAGUAGCGUUCUUCUUUCAUUGAAGAAAGAGCACCUUGUUGUAUAGUGAGUCUAAGCGAGCUCAACUAUGUGAAUUGUGACAAGAGUUUGCACUUAAGGAAUCAUGUAAAUAUGUCACAUUAUUUUGUUUAAAAAUUAUUUUUUCAAUCUUUUAGGAGACAAUGUUUGACUUGUACUGCAGAUUCAUUAACCACACCUCCUAUCAGUCUCUAUCCCAGGUUAGCCUAAGCUCUGCUCUAUAUUAAUGAGAGAACUUCCAGCCAAACUUUAGCCCCUUGGUCUUUCCAUGGCAAAAGAGAAGAACAGGAAAAAUUAAAAGAACUGGGAGCUCGAAAAGAUUUAAGCCUUUAUACUAUCUGGCACAGAAUUUUGAGGUUUGGCGCAUCAGUUCAGGGUUGGCUCAGUCUUUUGUUAAUUCGGAUGUUUGGGAAGUGGGAGGCAUUAGUGUUAUAACAGCCUUUCAAAUGGUUGCCUAUCAGUUUCCCCCUGACUCUAGGUUUCUGGAAGCCAAAGUGGGUUGUGCAAUAGUGGCUGGGGUUUUUUGGUUGCAUAUCAUUCCCUUUCCAACUCAUCAGUUAUAACAACAUUGUCCAUGGGAAGGCAACACCUUUGUUCUCAACUACUUCUGGGAGAUUGAAAAGGCAACUCUAGUAGUCAUCAUCUUCAAGAACUCAAGUAAUAAAAAGCAACUAGUGACUAUCAGCAACUCUAGGAGACCAUUUAAAGCAGAGAUCUCUAAUAUGAAUUGAACUACAUGUCAGAAACUUGCUUUAUUAGGCAUUACAGUGUUAGUACUGAGAUGUCUCCCCCCCCCAGUUUCCAACCAUCAAACAUGACAAUACAUUACACAAGUUAAACGCACUAAAUGACACCUGCUGACAUAUUGUUUGCCAGGAAGCUUGCCAUGGCUAAUGAGGACCUCCACAAUAAGCUAAUUUAUGUAGAUCAUAUAUCUAGCUAAGUGCAAGGCAUGGAACACAAGGGUUGGGUUGUCUGCAUCAUUGUCCCCUGAGGACUUUUCUUCAAGUUUCAAAACCUCAAAUCCUUUGGCCUGAUCUCCAGUUUUUACUCAGAGACCCAGGAUUCUAGCAAUAGAAGUCAUAAGUCAAGAAUGAGGAGCACUGGCAGAAGUAUGUGGGAUCAUAGGACUGGCAUAGUGGGGGCUACUGUCAUGAAUGAGAUUACUGGCAAAGCUGUGUGUGAGGAGAUUACCCAGUGCUGGCCUAUCUAAUGCCAGGUUGCAGCUAGUGAUAUCAAUCCUUCACUCUCAAAAGCAUUAAUAUUCACAGUGUCGCCCAAAUUAAUCAAUCAGAAUUGAACAGGUAUUACAGCACCAUCAUCUCAGCAACGAGAAUGUAUAACAGGCAGACCAGUAAAGUACUGAAAUGCCCAUCCCUUCCCACAGUGUGAGAGUUAAGCAAACUCCAACUCACAUUUCACAGUAUCAAAGCACUAGGUUAUCUAUAGGUCAAUUCCUCUUCCCAGCAAAGAACAUCCGGCUCAAGAAUCACAUCCAGUUCCAAGUUGUCUGUUUGAGAAACAAAUAUGUUGAUUAGAUAGAAAUUCAUGUAUCUUUUUGAUGAAAGGGCAUAGAAAUCACUUUUAAUCCAAAGGCAUUUUUAAAAUGAAGCAAUAUUUAAAAAGUAGGUGUGAUAAGUUCUCAGUAGAUAUCCCAUUAGCUAGUCCUCUCAGAGCUUUGGGCUUUUUCCAGUUUGAAUUACUCCUCCUCCUUCCCCUCCCAUGAAAAGAGUGUCUGGGGGGCUGUUGUUAAAUAUAGGCAAUGUAGAUCACUGUACAUAAUGCAUUUUAUUUGGCAAUUUAUUUGUUGAUAAGAAAGUUGAGUGCCUAAGCCCUCGAUACUGAAAAAUAUCUCCCUCCCUGCCUGUCUGUGGGUGCCACCUUCCAAACAGAGAUCAUCAACUGUGAAAUAUCAUAAACUGUAUUAUAUUCCUAUCUUCAGUCUUGCUCAGCCUAAAUUUGUUGGGGGAGUAUGUCCCCUAAUUGUACCUGGGUAAAUAUUUUUAAAUCCAUCGCUCCAUGGCAGAAAAAUUAACACCAACAAAAGUAGCACCUUGUUUUUUCUGACAAGCCAAAUAUGCACUGUCAGCAACAUUUCACCAGUAAGCAAACAAUAGCACCAGAUUUGGCACAUACCAGAUGCUAGAGCUAGUGCUGCUGGUGUGCAUACAGAAAAGCAAACCAAGCAAAAGAACCAUUUUGGCUUCUGCGGUGCAAAAACACUUAUUCUGUCAUAGAGGUGUAUUUUUGUGUUACGGGCCUAGUGCAUUCUAGAGCAAGUGUCCAUUAGGGUAGUAAUGCAAUACUUCCAAUUCGCCUCUUCCCCAGUGCAAGAAGCAGUCCUGCAGCAUCCUUUGAAUUCUGGGAUACAGUGCCAGAUGGCUAUUAUGGUAUCCAUCUGCACACAGCUAACUGGCAACUCAAAUGAACAAGACUCCUGUUCUCUGAAGCACUGAGAGAGAGAGAUCCAUUUCUCAAGUCUCAGAGGGGUAGCCGUGUUAGUCUGGAUCUGUAAAAGCAGCAGAGAGUCCUGUGGCACCUUAGAGACUAACAGACGUAUUGGAGCGUGAGCUUUUGUGGGUGAAUACCCACUUCUUCGGAUGCAUGACAUCUAUAAGGUGCCACAGGACUCUUUGCUGCUUUUACAUAUCCAUUUCUGUUUCCUUGCUAUCUCAGGGCUUGUCUACACAGGAAAGUUUUACCAAUUAUACCGGUAUAAUGAGUUAUCUUCUUCUUUUUUGCCACUUCCCUAAUCAGGGUCAACAACUUUUAUAGCCUUCUUCCAAAGGCUUCAUGAUUGUACGCCUGGCUGUCCUGCCAAUUGGUCUAAGGUCAGUUGAUAUCCAGUCUGCGUACCGAGUUUUUAGUCUCCCCAUUGGUCAUAGGUACACAUAACUCUUCCUUCCCAACUGACAUAAACUAAACCAAAACAGGCACUCCUUUGCUGGGUCUAUGCAGUCCCACAGUUUAGAUUAUGGGACCUGAAUUGCAAUGCGCAUUAGCAUGACAUGCUGUAACUCCCCUGUGUGGAUGCUGCAGGCGUGAACUAAAGAGUACCUAGUUCUUGUUGACUUAGCCCUGUUUAAAACACAAACUAGAUACCUUUUCGUUCUCGCCCCCACGUGGCCUGUGCAGGGGAGAUACAGCUUGUCAUGCUAGUGCCUACUGCAAUUCACCCCCCAUUCCAAACUGGGGGUCAUGUAGACAAGCCCUUACACCAGAAUAAUAGUGAUGUCCAGGGGGAGUUAUAUUGGUAUAAUUAUAUCCGUUUUUAAAUCCACACCUUAGUUGAUACAGGUGUAAUUUUCCUAUGUUGACAAGCCUCAUAAGAAGGGAGUAGAAGACAUUAAGGGAACAGCACAAAGUGGCCUGUGGGCCAGUUUGUGUUAGUUGGGAUUUUAUACCUGUUGCAACUUUCACUUUAAAAGACCUGAAGUUUUAUUUUCAGCAGUAUAUUUUAAAAUAGAAGUAGAGCCCCUAAUUUUGAUUCUAACCCUCAAGUCCCUUACAAAUUGUGGUGUCACUUCAGUUGGAGUUUGCGUGUCUGGCUUCCCAUGUUCUGUACACCUAUUUCUCUGUGUGAUGCUGCUUGUGAGUCAUAAGUAGCUGCUGUUGCAUGAAAUACUAUUGCAGGAACUGAAUUACUUUACAGAGUCAUUAUCCCAGCAAGAAGGGAACUAGAUCUAGUAAGUGUCCCUUUUGGAUUUGUAAUGACCACUAAGAUGUCAGUAGGACUCCACAGUCCUUUUUAGUGGUCACUAUAAUCUUAUUAGAUGGUGAUCUAGAGGUUUACAGCUCAGUUUAGUGCCUUAGCUAUAUUUGGUUGGGUCAAUAGUUUUACAGUUGCUACCCCUUCCCAAUACGAUGAAUCCUCUUGCCUGGAAGGUUUUGAUCUUACCACAAUUAAACAAGCUCUUUAUCUGGAACUUGAUAGAACAGUAUCCCUAGGUUCACCAGCGGGCGUUACAUGGCUAGGUAACCAUUAGAAAGGAUGGGGUUUGGAUUACUGAACAUUUCAACAAGAAUAGGCCUGCCCAAAACCAUGAAAGCUUUGCACAUUUCACAGUGCUGGGUAUUGAAUAACAGUUGUUUCAGAUAGGAAAACCUGAAGCCAGAGUAGGAGUAUUCCCUUUGUCAGUCAGCAGUCUUAGUGCUGAGACUUUUCCCUUCAACCCCAGUUCUUUCUAAUCGUCUGUCCUAAAAUGUUUCCUCCAGCAAAAUAAUAAACUUUUCCUAUUGGCUACUGGUAAUCAAGGGACACUGUGGAGUAGUUUAGACAUAACAUUUUUGGCUUUGGCAUCCAGAUAUUACAGUGAUAGCACUUUAUAAUAAAUGCCAAUGUAAAAAAUAGAAUACUCAAAAUAUUUUACAACAUCUAAUGUCAAAGCAAUGUUUGUGACAUAAAACAUUACAACAAGAAAAGGUUAUUUAGAUUUAAAUCUUCCCCUGAUUGGAUUGCAAUCCAGACCCUGCAGCAUGAGAACCAGAAAGUGAAACUGAUCAGUCUAGUUUCACAGUUCAGUGCAAAGAAUAAAUACUUUUAUAUACACAUUCCAUGAAUGGAGAAGUAAAUGGAACUUUAGAAAUGAUUUUCAAGUUUCUGAGAGAGCAUUAGUAACAGGGAAGGAAACUUGUUUUUAGGUUGACAAUGUCUCUUUUUAAAUGUGAGGAAAAGACUGAUACUAUGUAAACGAUGGACCCUAUCGGCAGAGUUGUACUUAAGUUUGCAACAGUAAAAAUGUUAAGGAAGCCAUUUCCUGGAAGUUAAUUAUUGGACAUAUGAGUCACUUCCAGAUGUCCUCACAGCUGGUCAUUACUGCUUAAAUUAUGUCAAUUUAAAUUGUUCUAGAGGCUGUUAAGAUGAUUAUGGGCCCAAUUCUUUCUCACUCACAUGAGUGGUCCUGUGGAAUACAAGAAUAUACGUGUGAGCAAAGGCUGCAGUGCUGGACACACUAAUUGGAACUGGGCUGUGUUUGCUUUAGUCCAAUGAGGAAGGCUUUCCGCAUUUCAUUUAGAGUAAUUUUUCAAAAAUAGCCACCAGUUUUAGGAUGCCUCAAUCCUGGGGACUGGAUUCUGCUGAGUGUCUACAAUUUCAGCUUUCAGCACCUCUGAAAAUCAGGCCUAAGGAUAUUAGGUGGAGCACUCAAAAUUGAAGAUCACUUCUGAAAAUGUGACUGUUACAGUGGGGGUGUGAGGACAAGGGGUGGCAUCCUCCCGUUUGGGUUUUGCCACCUGUUGCAGCUAGCAUGGCUUUUAUCACAGGAGGGGAGGAGCCCAUUGUUAGGAAGUUACUGCCUAUGAUAUCUCACAGCUCUGGAAACUAUCCUCAGUUAAUCCAGAGUGCAUGAAACCAGCAUGUGUGAGAGAGAGUCUCUUAGAAACUUCAAGUCCUGUUGCCACCAGGGGGGAGAAUGGCUUAAACAUUUGCUACGAUGACGAUGAGUUUUCUUUGUUACUUUUUUUUAAUGCUAUACGUUUGAUACAAAAGAUCAAUUUUAAGAGCUUACAGUAAUAUAUUUUAAGUAAUAUAUAUUUUAAUAUUUGUGUAAAAAAUGACAAAGGAAGAUUUGUGAACUAGAUAUACAGGGUAUUGUGUGUGUGCAGUUUCUCAGCAGGGCCGAGACGAUUUCCCUAGCAGGGGAACUGAAAGCACUUGGGUUUUCCAUUAAUGCAAUAAAAAGUCGGGAUUCUUAAAACAAAAAUUCAAUAGUGUUUACCAGAUGAUCUUUCAUUUUGUUGGCCACAAGGCUUGUAAACAUGAUUUAGAAGAUGAUAAACUUUUGUCUGUCUUUUGCCUUUUUAAAAGGGACUUAAAUUGGAAUAGAGGGUAUGUAUAGAAAAAUCAAGGUGACACCAUUUUAAAAGUCGUAUUUUUUCACAAAUAAUAUAGAAGAAUCAUAUUUUACAUAAGAAUUUUAAGUAUUUGAAAAAAUAUGUAUAUAAAUAUACUGUAUGUACUUCAUAUAUUCUUUUAUUUUACGUUUAAUUGUAUUAAAAAUAUUUGAGCUGGUUGGAGUUCCUACCUAUGUAUUAAUGUAAAACAGAGAGAGAUGAGCACUGCCUCUUACCAUUGCAGCAGCAGAUUGUAGGGCAGCAAAAAGGCUUGAAGCUCAGCAAAGAAUGAAUUGGAAUAGUUUAGCUGGUUUAGAAAUACAGUACAGACAUUUUUUUCAGUCCUGUGUCCUGUUUGUGUCCCCGUUCAUGCUCUGUCCCAUUUUGCCUCAUAAACCCCCAGAACAAUCAGUGGUGAGAAGACAAGGAGUUGAGGUGGAACUUUAUACAAGCACUGCCAAAGAGACAGACUGGUACAAAGCCACUCAACUAAAAUCAAAAGCAACCGUUAGAAUUUUAAUAAAUGUAGCUAAGAGUUUAAUUCUUGUGUGAUCCUCUGAUAGUGCAGAUGGGGAAUGAAUACAACAUGCCAAGAGCCUCAGUACAUUUGGGAUUUCAAGGCAACACUCUCUAAUGAGUUUUCUUUUGUAGGCUCUUGGGUCCAAUAUCACUGUAGAGGGUGAAGUGUGCGCUGAGUCACCACUGGAAGAUGGAAUGGGUUCUCUGCUCCUGUACUUGGGCAGGACCCCUAGAAAACUCCCUACGGGGAAGCACUAGUAAAUCUGCUGAGACUGCUGGCAACAUUCCUCAUAGGAAUUCUGUUUACAAGAUGCUGUAACUUGCAUACAAGGAUUCCCAGAGGUACAAGAUCACAAAUUAUAUGAAUAUAAAAAGGACAAAAUUCUAGUUAGAAGGGAAAUGAUAGGUGGCUGCAGACUACAGUAACAAUCAGCUAUGAUUCAUGUGCAUUAUAUACAGCACAUCCAGUGCAGUUUACCUAAUAAUGGGCCCAAACCUGUGAAGUGCUCAGCAUCUUCAAGUAACACUGAAAUUAGUAGCAGCUGAGGUUGUAGUGCACGUUACAGGAUUAGGCUAAAGUCCAUAGUGUAUGUGUCACAGCUGAUUUGUACUGUAAUAUCACAUCCAUUCCCCCACACCCAGUAAUUACCAUCACAGAUCUGUCUGGUUUAUUACAUAAACAGUAAAGCUCUUAUGACAAUGUUCAGGGUUAUAUUAACCCAAUCAUUCAGGAACACAAUACAUUUAAGUUGCUGCCCUUUUGAUCAGUGGCUCCAAUUCUGGGGCUUCCUCUGUCCCACGGACUCCAACUCUACACACAUACAGGGGCUGUAAAGCUAGCAAAUCUCCCCAGCAGGAAAGGUCUCCCCUUGGUGGCAUAAGAGAGACAGAAUUGACUCUCUGUCAGUCCCUGGUGUGGGGUAAUACUGAGUAAGGGAGGAGGCCUGGCUAGAACUUACUGCACUCUGGCUAUUCUGGGCUGACUGAAGGCUCAAGAAUCUGAUGCAUAAAGGUGAAACACAGACACAUUUGCCCCUUCACCUUUUGGGUGGUGCUGUGCUCAGCUCAGGUGUAUCCCCAAAUUGGAGCCACUGUGUUUACCAUAGCCCAAACCGCCCUGCAGGAACUGCUGGAAUCUCUCAGAUAAACAAGAAUUGUGUUUACAAUAACUCUUUGUGAUCGGGGUUCGUGGGAAGGGAAAUUGAAUGCAAAAAAGCCUAUUUGAUUUGUGUUAAGGGUUUGACUUUAAAGAAAACUCAAAGACAGUUUUGUUGUUGUUAUGAUUAUUUUCCAAACACCCCAAAAUAUGCCAGGCCUCUGUUUACAUACACAUCGUGAGAUCGUUUUUUAGUAAAGUCAUUUUAUCUUUCUAUGAAUUGCAAUCUGCACAUUCAAAGGGUUUUCACUCUGAACAGUUGCACUAGAAGAAGGUUACACUGUUUGGGUGUGUAUAUGUAUAUAUAACUAGAGUGUAUAUGUGUGUGUAUAUAUACAACUAUAUUUUACAUAAAUGUACCUAAAAAGGCUGUAAGUCCAUCUCAGGAUUCUGGUGACAUUAAUUUUGAGAACAAAGUUUGAGUUACCACAAGCCUGAUGUAGAGUUACAGCUUUUACAUUUGUUUUAAUAUUUAAAAUAUAUGGGUUAGAAAAAAAUAUACAGUAUGUGUUGUUUUGAUCUGCUGCACUUUGUCUAAACAUUCCUAGUCCCGCUGGUACUGCUGCAGCUCCCAUCCCUUCCUGCCCCAUUUAGAACUUAGAAACCAGCUUUUCCCCCCUGGGUUUUCUUUCAGUGGCACUUCUCAGAGGCUGAAUCGUGUUUCUAUUCAAAGAGCUGUGCCAAGAGUUUAAUAUUCCUGGGUUCGGUCUUUUAUAAUAAGAUGUCACAGCUGAACCCCAGUCCCAACACUGGGGAAAGUGAGCUGAUAGUUGAUGCGGCCAGUUGGCAAUUGGAUUCUAAAAUAGUCCCUUUGCAGACUAGCAGAGUCAAGCGAUCCAACUUAAAUAAGAAAUAGUCAUUUUCUGUUGUUAUCCAGUGAUAAGUUGGUACUGAACAAUAAGAUUAUUGUAAUUCACUCUCCUCCUUAAUAAGGAAAUGACCCAAUUUCCAGGCUUUUAAAAAAACGUAAUGGGUCAAUUCCAUGAAACCAGCAAUCACAGCAGAGAGAUGUGUGGCCCAUAACAUUGCAGAUUUGCAGAUUGGCACAGUUCAUUCUAGUAAACUGAUUCUCUCCCCAAAUGAAAAAUAAAAAUAAUGUUAAGUCUGCUUCGGGGUCUGCUGUAUAAGAUUCCACCUUAGCUUCUCACCAGCAUUAAGAAGGAUCGGAGGAGUGCUAAAAACAGCAUUUGUAUCUUGUCACUUUGAGAUAUGUGUGUCCAUAGGAGGUAGCACUUUGAAAAGCGAAAGCCUGCCUUGUGGCUUAUGUCUUAUUGCAGAUUAAGUUCCUCUUCCUCUCACUCCUUAUUUUUGUCAUGUAAAACUACCUGCUUCAUAAAUGAAUGUAAAAUACAGUAGUUCUUCAGCACAUGGAUAAAUGUGUAUUUUAUCUUAAUGUUUCAUUUUAUGUUAAAUAAAAGCAUAUGAUUUUAUGGUCA